UAAGAACUAAGAACUGCUCUUCAUCAGGUAAGAAAAGAAACCAUGACCAGAGGCAGAGGGUUUUAGGGAGGUUUAUUCCUUUUGCGACGAAACCAAGUUGUGCAAAUGUGUACGCCUCAACCACGCCAUGCUGAGCCUCAGACCUCAACGUCAUCGUCUCCUUUCUCUCUCAGCUCACAGACACAAGCCCACCAAUUGGAACACCACCACCCACAAAUUUGUUCAAGCAAACCCACUUCUCUCCCUAUUGGAAACCUGCAAAUCCAUGCCCCAGUUGAAGCAAAUCCAAACCCAAAUGAUCAUUACCGGCUUCAUCUCAGACGGGUUCGCUUCUAGUCGCCUCAUUGCCUUCUGUGCGCUUUCGGAGUGCCGAAAUCUUCACUAUGCCACCAAGAUCCUGCACAAUGUGCACGACCCAAAUGCCUUCUCUUGGAAUGUGGUCAUCCGAGGGCUUUCGGAGACCGAAAAUCCGAGAGGAGCAGUUGUAAUGUAUAGGGAGAUGUUGAGAAAUGGUGGGUCGAGACCGGAUAAUUAUACUUACCCAUUACUACUAGGAAUCUGCUCUAAUUUGUCAUUGAAUUUGAUGGGGCGUUUGGUUCUUGGCCAUGUGUUCCGAGUGGGAUUGGAUUCUGAUAGAUUUGUUCGCAAUGCGGCGAUUCAUAUGCUUGUUUCAUGCAGAGAAUUAGGGGAUGCACGUAAGGUGUUCGACGAAAGUUCUGUGAGAGACUUGGUGUCUUGGAAUUCUCUGAUUCAUGGUUAUGUGCGAAGUGGGUUGGCACGUGAGGCAUUGCGGGUUUAUGAGGAAAUGGAGGUGAAGAGAGUUGAGCCGGAUCAAGUGACAAUGAUUGGGGUGGUUUCUUCGUGUGCCCAACUUGAGGACUUGAGUCUCGGGAGGAAAUUUCAUCGGUUGAUACGAGAGAUUGGGCUAGGCUUGACUCCUCCUCUUGCCAAUGCACUUAUGGACAUGUACGCUAAGUGUGGGAAUCUUGAGGCAGCUCAAGCAUUAUUUGACAACAUGAGACAGAAAACCAUCGUCUCAUGGACUACAAUGAUAGUGGGAUAUGCCAAACAUGGGUUUUUGGAGAUUGCUCACCGCCUUUUGUACGAGGUGCCAGAGAGUAAUGUUGUGCCGUGGAAUGCAAUGAUCGGUGGCUAUGUGCAAGCUAGACGUAGCAAGGAGGCUUUGGCUCUGUUUCAUGAAAUGCAAUCUAGGAACAUAAAUCCUGAUGAAAUAACCAUGGUUUGCUGCUUAUCUGCAUGCUCACAACUUGGAGCAGUUGAUGUUGGAAUAUGGAUUCACCAUUAUAUUGAAAAACAUGAUCUUUCUCUCAACGUUGCUUUAGGGACUGCCCUUGUUGACAUGUAUGCUAAGUGUGGGAACAUCACAAAAGCUCUCAAUAUUUUCUCGGACAUGCCAGGAAAAAAUUGUUUCACUUGGACAUCUAUCAUUUGUGGUUUAGCCCUUAAUGGACAUGCACAUGAUGCUAUAUCUUACUUUGAAGAGAUGAUAAAUACGGGACUGAAGCCCGAUGAGAUCACGUUUCUUGGAGUAUUAUCAGCAUGUUGCCAUGGAGGUUUGGUUGAAGAAGGCCGAAAGUAUUUUUCCUUAAUGAACACUAAAUUCAAUAUCUGCCCGAAACUUAAACAUUACUCUUGCAUGGUGGACCUUCUAGGUAGGGCUGGUCUUUUGCAAGAAGCAGCGGAUCUUAUUAAUAGCAUGCCAAUCAAGGCAGAUGCUGUGGUGUGGGGUGCAUUAUUCUUUGCUUGUUAUACUCACAAAAGUGUUUUGAUGGGAGAAAGAGCAGCUUCCAAGCUUCUUGAGUUGGACCCCCACGAUAGUGGAAUUUAUGUUUUGCUUGCAAAAAUGUAUAGGGAAUUGAAUAUGUGGGAGAAGGCAGAGCAGGCAAAGAAGAUGAUGAAGGAGAGAGGACUGGAGAAGACUCCUGGUUGUAGCUCAAUUGAGGUGAAUGGCAGUGUGUGCGAGUUCAUUGUCAGAGACAAAUCACAUCCUCAUUCGAAACAGAUAUAUGAUUGCUUAUUUCAGUUAACAAGACAAAUGGAUCCGGUGGGUGGUAUAUCUGAAGUUCCUGCACUUUGGGAUGACUCUCUCCUUGGUGAUGAAUUUAGGCAAAAUUUUACUAGCAGGUGAAGGAGAAGAAUGCAGAUGAGACAACUUACGUCUCUUUGUAAAUGCAGCAAAGAAUGCAUAUUAAGAGUGUACUUUGGCUUGUGCAUCUAAACAACAUAUAUACACCUUGGUAGACAUAUGCAGGAAAAUGAUCUUCCUGAAAGACAAGAGUCACAUUCUCCAUUUGCUGAGUACGCAUAUGCAGGAAAAUAUGCUCCUUGUGUACUUCAAAACUGAUAUCGCUGCCUCUAACAUAUCAUGUUUAUCAAGGCCCAAUUAGUCCUGAUGAGUUUGAUGCCUCAGAAACGAAUAGAAAAGUUGUACAACCAGGUUCUUCUAUUCCAAUAUAUAUAUCAAUGAUACUCUUGAGGAACAACUUAUUCAUGUUAAGCCAGCACACUUGUCUGAGAGACUUUUUGACUGGAAGGCAAAUGGGGUUUGUAAUCAGUAUAUUACUAUUCAACUUGAUGGAACAUCAGUGCCAUCUGAUCCAAUUUCAAUGGAUCUUGUAGGACUUGCCUACUCUGAGGGUUAUCUUUCUAUGUCAUACAACGACCAUAUGGAAAACCAUAGAACAAAGGCCAAUGCUGGUUUUGUUGUUCCUGUUGUGUUUGAUGUUUCAGUGCAGCAGUACAGAAAGUUAAUCCGAUUAUACUCAACGGUUAUACUUUCAAAUGUGACUUCAAUGCCAUUGGUGCUGCAAUUUGAUAUUCCAUUUGGUGUGUCCCCAAAGAUCUUGGACCCCAUAUAUCCAGGUCAAGAGUUACCGCUGCCUCUACACUUGGCUGAAGCCAGUAGGAUUAGAUGGUGUCCAAUUGGAGAUUCUCAUCUCUGGAGUGAAGUUUAUAAUCUCUCAAACCUGCUUUCUCAAGAGAGUAAAAUUAAAUUUCUCAAGUCUUUUGGUUGCUAUUCAGCCCAUCCCAAUAGUGAUCCAUUUCACUGUUGUAUUUCAGUUAGAAACAUCAGUUUACCUUCAUCUGUUAGGUCAAGUGGAGAUCUUUUCUUCACAUCUUAAGAGUUCUUUAAAGCAAGCAGUUGCAAGUAGUGGUUAAAUAUUGCACAACAACGAGUCAAAAAAGCAGUUUGUUUACCAAGUGGUCCUCAAUAUCCCUGUAGUAGUGAAUAACUACCUUCCUGACGCAUUGGCAUUGACGACGAUAGGAAGCGGUGGGAUUACUCAGACCGCAUUUCUUUCAGAGGUGGAAACUUCUUUUCAUAAUGUUGAUCCUUCUCAUCAGCUGAGAUUGGAGAUCCAUAUGCAUGGCUUUAAACCAGCAGUUUUGGAUUUCCCACAUACUGAAAUAUUCUGUGAAGUGGCCAAGUUUGGUGGAGCGAAGUUCUCACUUUCUGAAGUUGUGGCCUUCGACUCCACAAAUGGUUGUUUUUGUAUUCUUGAAUCUUUCCUUAGAAGUAAGCUUGGUAGAAUUAGUGAUGGGAUUGGUGUCUUUUUUUUUAGGACCAAUGUAUGUCACAGUGGAAAAGGUGAUGGAUGCAUUUUCUGGAGCCCACCCUUUAUUUCCAUUCCCUUUCUGUUAUAUAAUUGCUCUGGUUUUCCACUCUUCAUUUCUGAAUCUGCCAGUGAAAUGAAACCGGUUUUAAUUUGUUGCCAAGAGAUGGCUGAUGGGCACCAGAACCCCAUUUACAAAAGUUUUGUGGUGAGCUAUAUUUUGGUUCCACCCUUUCAGCCUUUCUCAUCAUGUCCACAGCCACAGCCACCUAUCAAUCAGAGGCGUUUUGCAUAUGGUAAUUAUUCUAAUGCAACUGCCUCACCUUUGCUUCUCCAAGCCCCACAAGAGAAAAGGGUUUGCAGGCUUCUGCUGCUGCUCCAAUCAAGUGUGGAGUGAUUCAAAACCAGGAUGAGAUGCUCAAGGCUGGUAUGCUCUCUGUACCCUCCCUACAAGGGAAUUGGAGAGUGUUUUAAUCAAGUGAACAGUCAAAGAUGAGCGAAUGAUGUCAUUGUACAGAGUUACCACUGCUAAUGGCAUCCGUUACUUCCUCUUAUUAGCACGUCUUUCGUUCCACUUAUUGCCAGUUCUUUGGUUCUCUCUUCUGUUUAUCUGAUUAUCUCCUAGUCAUACUGUAUUGUGCUUAGUUCUUAUAAUGUCGGGCCAUAAACUAUGCUUUAAUGAUUACUUCAAGAGGCUUUGAGUACAAGGGGAUGAGCAAAGCUUUGCGAAGAAAAUAACCAAGGGCUAAGUGAUAAUACAAAU